AAACAAUAUAACCAACUCAUGCUUUUUUAAAUCAAAUGAGUAACUGACUGGAUCUCUUAUUAAUCUCCACAUCUGUGUAAAGAGAGUCUUGCCUUCUUUUGAGCCUAAGUCAUGAGUUGGAUGUUCCUCAGAGAUCUCCUGAGUGGAGUAAAUAAAUACUCCACUGGGAUUGGAUGGAUUUGGCUGGCUGUCGUGUUUGUCUUCCGUUUGCUGGUCUACAUGGUGGCAGCAGAGCACGUGUGGAAAGAUGAGCAGAAAGAGUUUGAGUGCAACAGUAGACAGCCCGGUUGCAAAAAUGUGUGUUUUGAUGACUUCUUCCCCAUUUCCCAAGUCAGACUUUGGGCCUUACAACUGAUCAUGGUCUCCACACCUUCACUUCUGGUGGUUUUACAUGUAGCCUAUCAUGAGGGUAGAGAGAAAAUGCACAGAAAGAAACUCUAUGUCAGCCCAGGUACAAUGGAUGGGGGCCUAUGGUACGCUUAUCUUAUCAGCCUCAUUGUUAAAACUGGUUUUGAAAUUGGCUUCCUUGUUUUAUUUUAUAAGCUAUAUGAUGGCUUUAGUGUUCCCUACCUUAUAAAGUGUGAUUUGAAGCCUUGUCCCAACACUGUGGACUGCUUCAUCUCCAAACCCACUGAGAAGACGAUCUUCAUCCUCUUCUUGGUCAUCACCUCAUGCUUGUGUAUUGUGUUGAAUUUCAUUGAACUGAGUUUUUUGGUUCUCAAGUGCUUUAUUAAGUGCUGUCUCCAAAAAUAUUUAAAAAAACCUCAAGUCCUCAGUGUGUGAGUGCCACAGCCUCAGAUGUGCUGAAUGUGGUAGGAGAGGGACCCCUCCCCUACUCCAGAAUCAUCAUUCACACUUGGCCAUAA